AAUAUGAAGCGUAGUGCGGAGAGGAAAGCGGAGGAAAGCGGAGGCGAAAGCGGAGAGAAUCAGAGAGAGAGAGAGAGGAGCGGAGUGGUAUGACGGUCAGAUCCAAGUGAGAAAAUUCUCAGAUUUCCCAUUGUUCAGCCGGUGUUUCCACUCUUCUAGGCGAUUGCUUGCCUGUUAAGGUUCAGAGUUGGGGUUUUUCCGGUCAAAUUCCUUCUGAACUCCGGCGAGCCGGCGAUUGAGUGCUAGGGCAUUUGUUUUGGGUAGGAGCCGCGGAGGAGAGAUAGAUAUCGUACUCUUCAGUUUGUUUUGAUGAGCGGUAUGUUUGAGUGAUGGAUAGGAUUCGUGAGGCUAGAAGAGGAACCAUGACAGCGGUAAAUGGGGGUUUGUCAAAGAGACGGCAAAGAAGCAGUAAUCUCCGCGAUUCGCCUGAGGAGGAUGGAGCGAUGGAGAUGCAGGAGACCUCACGGCUUCGGGAUCGAGGGAGUAAAAAAGAUAGAGAUCGUGACAGAUCUAGUCGGAGCAAGAGAAGGAGAGGCGAUAGGUUGCUGCAUGGGAGCCACAGAGAGGAUGGAGAUGAAAGCUCUGAGGAGAGCGUCGAUGAGGAGGAAGAUGACGACGAAGAUGACUCAUCGGUGUCCAUGCGACUGCCACAUCCCCCUGUUCCAAAUCCUCCUAGUCAAUCGGCUUCGUUGAUGCAAAGCCACCAUAUCCGGAAAGGCUAUGCGGCUAAGCCGGUGAAGCCGCCGGGGACCGGUACUUGGAAAGUCGUCGAGGAGAUGAUAGGAGCUCCAAUACCCCGGAAAGCCCGGUCAUCAUCUGUCAAAAGGUCACAAGAAUGUUGGGUUUCAUGUGGGGGCGGUGGCGCUUGCGGCGGAGCAGUUGGAGGAGAGCAGCCUCAUUGGCAGACAUCAACUUCGCCGGCCAGACCAGGUCUUUCUUCCACGACUCCAGUUUCUCCUCCAUCCUCAAACGCUUCAAUUCGUAAGAAGAUGAAGGCGAUCAGCGGAACAAAACAUCGACCCCCUAAAAUUUCGAAGUCUUCUUCCAUUCAAGAGAUUGAGAUUGAGGUUGCUGAGGUUUUAUUUGGAAUGACGAGGCAAGUUCCCCUAAAGAAGGAAAAUCACAAGAACGACUCAAAGGAAUCUAACGAAGCUAAACCUUGGGUCUCUUCGCCGAUCCCAAUCUCAUCUCCAUCUCCGACUUCUCAGUCACCCACUGUAGCGAUUUCUAAUCCGAGCUUUAACCGGAAUACGUUGACUGCAGCAGCACCCAAAAGGAAGCGGCCACGAAUUAGGUUUGAGGUGGAGAGCCCCACAAGCACGCCAAGUUCUGCUGCCCUUCCUGCUACGCCGAAUUCUUCUGUGGCGAAGUUGGACAAGGAAGCACUUCAGCAAUCGCCGGCAGGGACAAAAACAGAUCCUACUUCUCCUAAAUCAGAGAAAAACAUAGCAGCCCCUACUGUUGAAAAUGGUGUUGUUUUAUGCGAUCCGGAUGCUUCUAAUGUUUGCUCUAUUACAUCUACUCUUGCUAAUUCACAGCAAGAUUCGUUCAAACCGGAGGGUAACGCAGCUCCGGAUCCAAAAGAUACAGAGAGCCAGCCGGAGAAGAAAGCCAAAGAGGAAGCAGUCUCUCCCCCAAAAGAGUCCCCUUCUUCAAAUUUGGAUGUCAAUAUUGAAGACACCCCCGCGAACAAAGCUGCUUUGGUUUCUGAUAACCCGCGGGAGGAGAAGUUUAACCUCGAUAUGAUGGAAAGCACCUUGUAUUGCGUUGCCGAGCACAAGUCUGCGGAGAUGGGGAUGGGGAUGGGGAUGGGGAUGGAGAUGGAGAGGGAACAAAAACUGGAGGUUUUAAAAGGACAAAAGGAGAUGGAGAAAAAGUCGAGGACGAAGCCCGAAGAAAUUGUUCAGGAUUGCCGAAAUACUGACGAUUCAAAGAAGCAGGCCGGCACGGAGAGGAAUCUUGAUCUGCAACUCGAUCUGGAGAAGCAAGAUAAAGAUUUCGCCGGCACUGGAGCCGGCGCCGGUAAACACCAUGCCCAGAAGCAUCAACCAAGAGGUGCAAGAGCUGAGCCUAGGACAGAGAAAGCUGGUCCAGCGGAAUCGUUGCCCUUGCCAAUACAAAUUCCAGGAUGGCCCGGUGGUUUUCCUCCUUUUGGGUACAUGGCCCAAGUUCCUCUACCGCCUUUUGGUCCUGUCGAUGCAAGCACCAGUUCUUCCAAAGCAGUUCAGGGCUUGUUUCCCUCACAACUUCGGCCAAAGCGUUGUGCAACUCACUGCUAUAUUGCACAGAACAUACAUUACCAUCAGCAGAUGACAAGAUUACAUCCAUAUUGGUCUUCAGCGGUUGGUGCGGCACCUUUCUAUGCCUCAAAGCAAUACAAUCUCAGUACUGCUUCACUCUCAGAUUCAGCUAUUCUCAGUAAUCCGAUGCAGCAGGGGAACUUUCCUGGUCAGAGCCCGGGAUCCGUGCAAGAGAAGGAAGGUCCAAUUUUUUCGGCAAAUUCUGGUUUAUCCGCUAAGGAAAAGAAUAAUACAGCCAAUCCAUCCGCCGAUUCUUCACAGAAGAAACAACCCAUACUACAGCAGUCAUCUCAACCUGGAUCAGCUGGAAACAUGUUGGCUCCUGCGUUUAUUUUCCCUCUCAAUCAACAACAAGCUGCCACAGUUGGGGUUUGUGCGGCCAACCGAUCUGCAGCGGGAAAAUUGACAGCAGGUUCUGGUAAUGCUUUUCAAUCCUCAAGUGGUACAGGCUCUGCAACAUUGGGAACUCCUGGAGCUUAUGGACCUGGUACUAGCAUGAGCUUCAGUUACCCUGGACUGCCAGCAAAUGAAGCCCAGUAUCUAGCCUUUCUGCAGAACAAUGCCUACCCAUUUCCUAUUCCAGCUCAUGUUGCUGGAGCUCCACCAUACAGGGGGGCAACUCCUGCUCAAGCAAUGCCAUUCUUUAAUGUAUCAUUUUACCCUCCCCAGAUGCUGCAUCAUUCACAGCUCCGGCCGAAGCAGCAGCAGCCACCUACGAUGCAGCCACCACCAUCAUUGCAGCUGCCUCCCUGUUCUCAGCAAGGGCAUCAAAAUCCAAGCACAUCCAGUGGUUCAUCUUCAUCCCCAAAGAAUACUCAGCAAUCCCAGAGAAUUCCUGCAGUUUCGUCUACUACAAUUGCCUCUGGUAAUUCGUUUGGCUUCCCUCAUUCAAAGCAUCAGCUCGGGCUUCAUCAGGCUGGGCAGUUGGAAUCUGAAGUUAUGGUAGAGGAUACCCCGUCCACGGAUGAUGGCAGGGCCUCACUGGCUCAGAAGGCCAUUUCCUCUCAGAAGUAUGCCAUGCCUGCCCAUACCCCGAAUUUUACCUUGAUAUCUCCUGCAAUGGCGUCAUUGACAUCAAUGACAAGUGGAGGCAGCAAUCAUAGUGAAAGACAGCAAUCGCAAAUCCAUAACAAGACCAUGAAAAUGGAUCUGACGCAAUCUCAAGCCUUAGCAAUGCCAUAUGCCUCAUUUGGUGGGGCUGCUGCUUCGUCCAGUGGAGCAACUCUGCAAGGCCUUGACUUUUCAUCCAUGGCACAGAAUCAUGCUCUUUUCCACAGUCUCCCAGAAGCAGCUCGACAUAGUUUCCAGAUCUCAGCAGCUGCCGCAGCCACAGCUCACCAAAUCUCAGCAGCUGCUGCAGCCACAGCUCAUGCUGCACAGCAGCAGCAGCAGAAGAAGCCUGAAGUUGGAAAAACUGCUCCUGAUUUGGGCACUGCCACUACAGUUGGUGAGGAAGGGAAGCUUUCUUCUGUGAGCCAUGUUUUGGGUAGUGCACAUCAACAUUCUAUCACCUUAUCUAGGGCAGACGCAGAACCUCCAAUUUCUUCAAUUCUUAGCAACAGUGUGAUUGACAGUUCGUCCCUGAACUUGAACCUUAUUCAGCCACUUUCCAGUGGUGCUUCUCGUAUCUCGAGCAGGCCAGGUAGUACUGCAACAGCCUCCAACUCUUCUACUCCCGGUUUGCAUUCCCCAAAUUCUCACAAUCUGCAGCAGCAGCAGCAUUUGCAGCAGGUUCUCCAGCUUCAGAGGCAGCAUCUACAAUUUCAGCAGCAUCAGCAGCUUCAACAACAGAGGGCAAAACCUGCCUCUCAUAACAAUGCUGGCAUUUACACUGACCGUCUCUCAGGAAGCUCCAAUGCAUCUAAAUUCCCUCAAGCUCUUGCUGGCUUUCCUCCAGCUCUCAUGCAAAGCAGCUCUUCUUCUCACUCCCCUCAGUGGAAAGCUUCACCUAGAACAGCAAGUACUUCCUCUUCUGCUGCGCUAUCUCCCUCAGCAUCAUCUGUGAAGAAUCAAAUCUCCUUGCAGCAGCAUGUGCGGAGCCAGCUCCAGCCUUCCCAUCAAACUCACAUCUCCUUUGGAGUGAGCCCUGCUAAGGUUGCAGGGCAAACUGGAAAUGCGGUAUCAUUAACAUCUGCAGCUACCAUAACAGUUGGUUCUACCCAUGCCUUAGUUUCUAAGAACUCAGGCAGCACUCCUCUCUCUUCCUCAGUUGCAAAAUCUGGACCACCUACUGUUUUACCUUCAUUGCCUCUCCAAAAGCAACAAUCAGGCAAGAAUUCCACAUCUUCGAGCUCCACCACCACUCCAUUGGCUACCACCAAUCGAAACAUGUCUUCCAUCCUUGGUAAUCCUCACAAAAACUCUACCUCCAACUCAAGCACGAAGCCACAGCCCUCUUCCCAUCACCAACCACCAAAGCAGCAUUUACCUCAAGCAGCUCAGUUCUUCUUCUCCAACCCGUACAUUCAAAACCAAACUAACCCAUCUGAUGCUUCUGUAACAUACUUUCAACAGCACCAACAACGCCGACCUUCUGACCAAUACCCAUCUCAGCAAAGAGAAAAGUCUUCAUCUGCAACAACACCAGGGGGCGGAUCUGCUCCACCAGACCCAUCCAAGCCUGCAGAAUCAUCCCCUGCCUCCAAUUCCAAGGGAGGAUUGCUACCUUCCACCCUCCAACAAAACUCUCACUUUACGGCCGCCGCCGCGGUUUCAUUACCUGGGGCCGGGCCCAUGCAUCCUCUGAUGCCCGCCGCUGCCGCAGCAUUACCAUACAUGCACAGCAUGCAAUCCGUCUCUUUGAAGCCAGCCCCGGCCACCGAACAGAAACCUGCUGCUGGAAAUAAUGACAAUUUGCAUGCGUGCUGGCAGCCUGAGAAGCGAUGAAUGAAGCCAUCAAAUGGGAAUGAUGCUUCGCCGAGAGCCAUCAUCCAUUGUUUCGCCAACUCGCGCGUUGUGGACCCAAGCGCCGGCCCAAGCUAAGGCUCUGUUUGCCUUGCUCUUCCUUCCAUGGAAGUCCGCAGCGCCACCACCGUCACCAGGCACAGAGCUUCAAAUCCAGCAACUGAGCAGACGAGUAUCACUCGCCCCACCACUCUGUCGUUGUGGAAGCACGGCAGGAGGGAGGAAUAGGUGUGGAGAGCAUGCUGGUCGGCCACAUUGACGAAAGUUUGUGCGUGUGGCCCUUCCACGAGAUCACGUUAGUUCUUCUUUAUUAUUAAUUGAUUACUUUUCUUUACGUAUGCAUUUGUAAGGUGGAAAUUAUUUUGCAAUAACUUUUUUUUUCCCUCUUCGUUUCCACUUUUGCUCCGCUAAGUUAACUUUGUGGGGAGCUUCGGAUGCUGAAUCACUAUUCGUUAUUUUUAUCUAUGUUGUUUAAAACUUUUGAUUCGGAGGCUACAAAUUGUGGUUAAAAGGGUGGCAGAUAUUGUUGAAAUAAAGCUCAUUUUUUCCCUUCAAAAUUCUGUGGAGGGAGCUUUA